AUGGUAACUAAGAAAGGUGCACGUGUUCCACUACAAGCCAUUGUUGUAGCCGACAUGUUGAGCACAAAGUUGAGACCUAUCACCCUGGAAUGCCCGGAAGUUCUUUUACCAUUAGUGAACACCCUCAUGAUCGACUACACAUUAGCAUGGCUAGAAUCUGCAUAUAAUUGUACAAGUGCUUUACGUGAUGUGAUUCAAGGUGAUUUCAUACUUGUUAGUGGUGAUACAGUAAGCAACAUGAUGCUGAAACAAGCCCUUGAAGAACACAAAGAGAGAAAAGGAAAGGGCAAGAAUGGUGUCAUGACAAUGGUGAUCAAACAAUCAGAAGUUGGAACUGAUGAAUUAAUCAUGGCCAUCGAUCCUACCACAAAAGAACUCAUGUAUUAUGAAGAUAAAGUAGAUGGUGAUCUGAAAUUUGAUAAGUCACAUCUCAGUGUGAACCCCUGUUUAUAUUUACACAAUGAUAAACAAGAUUGUUACAUAGACAUAUGUUCACCACAAGUCCUUAGUCUUUUCACCACAAGUCCUUUAGUUACGCUUAUUUAUUUGCUAUCAUGGAACAGUGAGUGA